CAGGAUCUUUACCCACGUUGCACAGAGGCACUGGUUGCCGUGGAGACGGCUGUGGCAGGUCCUGGGCAGAAGGAGAGAUCAAGGCACGGGCACCAAAGAAGUCGUUGUCAGACCGAUGAAGAGCGCAGAUCACGGCCAUAAAUCAGGCAUGAAAUCGGAACGUAAAAUUAACACUGUAAAAGAAAAGGCAGUCCCAACCAAUGAAGAUUUAGUAAAUGCUGAAGAUCUUGAACUAGAGAACAGGAACAACUUUCUUAGCAGUGUGCUCAAAGGAGAUGCUGAGAACCUACACAAGUGUUUCGUAGAUGCAGAUGAUCCAAAUCAUGAAAAAACGUAUCAAUUGUUAAAUAUACAUGAUGAUAUUGGCAGAAAUGCUCUCUUUGCAGCUGCCAUGCUAGGUCAUUCUGAAGUUAUUCAAGCGUUGGUGACACGAGGAGCAAAUGUGAAUGAGCAAACCAACCGAGGCUAUACCCCUUUACAUUGUGCCGCUGCAUGGGGGAAACAAGAGAGCCUAAAAACUUUGGUUGGCCUUGGAGCAAACAUUCGAACAACCAACUUCAGAGAUGAAAAAGCAUGUGACAUAGCUAAGCGAUACUCAAUGACUGAUUGCAUAGAGUUUCUAGACUGGGCAGAAGGCAAACUGGUUUUGGAAUUGUAUAUUAAUAAUGUCCAGGAAACUAUUACUGAUCUUGAAAAGACACAAGGCAAGCUGUCUAAGCAUGAUAAGACUGCCUAUGUAAAUGCCUGCCGAGCAAAAUCUGAAUGGCUUCUUACGUCUCAGAAUGCUUCCGUAGAGGAAUUUGAGGAACAAAAGAAACAGUUAGAGAUGAUUGUGGAACCAAUCAUUACCAAACUAACAUUAUCUCCUCAGCCCUCAAAAUUAUCCAAACCAUAAUAUCUUCAUAGUUGGAUGAAAACUGCAAUCAAAAUGGAAGAUUUCAGAGUAAUUGGAUUUUUAGUCAAUUUGUGCCACUUUACCUUGACUGGUGUUAUUGUUGCAUUUGUUUCAAUACUUUAAUGCAUUAUUGAUGAGAGCUGUUUAUUACUACUGUUAAUGUAUUCUCAUAUUAUUCCAUAUAUAGAAACUGAUAAAAGAUACUGAU